CACACGGGCUCUUCCAACAUGGCGGCGGCAGCUCUGCGGGGUGGCUGGUGCCGCUGUCCGCGGAGGUGCCUAGGCAGCGGAAUCCAAUUUCUCUCCAGCCACAACCUACCCCAUGGUUCAAGCUACCAGAUAAGCCGGCCAGGAAGAGAGCUGACACUGACCAAAUCUUAUUCUUCUGGGAGCAGAAAAGGGUUUUUGUCAGGCUUGCUAGAUAACAUCAAACAAGAAUUAGCCAAAAACAAAGAGAUGAAAGAAAGUAUAAAAAAGUUCCGAGAUGAGGCCAAGAAGCUAGAAGAGUCGGAUGCUCUCCAGGAAGCCAGAAGGAAGUAUAAAUCCAUCGAAUCAGAAACUGUGCGUACCAGUGAAGCAAUAAAAAAGAAGCUUGGAGAAUUAACAGGGACAGUGAAGGAGAGUCUUGAUGAAGUCAGUAAGAGUGACCUUGGCCGGAAGAUCAAGGAGGGGGUAGAAGAGGCCGCCAGGACAGCCAAGCAGUCAGCGGAGUCAGUGUCCAAGAGCGGGGAGAAGCUGGGCAAGACGGCAGCCUUCAAAGCCAUCUCCCAGGGUGUAGAGUCAGUGAAGAAGGAGCUUGACGAGAGCGUGCUUGGACAGACGGGGCCCUACCGCCGGCCCGAGCGGCUCCGGAAAAGGACAGAGUUUGCUGGAGCAAAAUUCAAAGAAAGCAAAGUGUUCGAGGCUAAUGAGGAAGCAUUAGGGGUUGUGCUACACAAGGACUCCAAGUGGUACCAGCAGUGGAAGGACUUCAAAGAUAACAACGUUGUAUUCAACCGCUUCUUUGAGAUGAAGAUGAAGUAUGAUGAAAGUGACAAUGUCCUCAUCCGGGCGUCGCGGGCCUUAACCGACAAGGUCACUGACUUGCUAGGAGGUCUUUUCUCAAAGACAGAAAUGUCAGAGGUGCUAACGGAGAUCCUGAGAGUGGACCCAACCUUUGACAAGGACCACUUUCUUCAUCAGUGUGAGACUGACAUCAUCCCCAACAUCCUAGAGGCCAUGAUUUCCGGGGAGCUUGACAUUCUCAAAGACUGGUGCUAUGAAGCUACCUACAGCCAGCUGGCCCACCCUAUCCAGCAGGCCAAGGCUCUGGGCUUCCAGUUCCACUCCCGAAUUCUGGACAUCAGCAAUGUGGACCUGGCCAUGGGCAAGAUGAUGGAGCAGGGCCCAGUGCUGAUCGUUACCUUUCAGGCCCAGGUGGUGAUGGUGAUCAAGAACUCCAAAGGCGAGGUGUAUGAUGGUGACCCGGACAAGGUGCAGCGAAUGCUGUACGUGUGGGCACUCUGCAGAGACCAGGAGGAGCUCAACCCUUAUGCUGCCUGGCGCCUUCUGGACAUCUCAGCCUCCAGCACAGAGCAGAUCCUCUGAGGGCAGCAAUGGAGUCUAGGCAGCUCGAGGCUAGACCAUCAUGGGACAGACACACAGAGACACUUUGCCACAUCUGAUACAGCUGUGAACAAGCUUCUGCCCCAAGUUCUUCAGGGCAGCUGUGAAACCAGCUGGACAAGGGAAGAGCUUGGGGUGUCUAGCAGGAUGGGGACUGUCUCCCAGUGCGUCCGUCACAGGGGUUGCUGGCAGUGUCAGAAGGCCCCAGCCCAGGACUCCUGUCGGGUGAGGCCUGGCCUGCUGUUCUAAGUAGUCCACUGGCAUUGCCUUCCAAGCCACUUUAGGUCCUUUUGUUUUGUUUUGUUUUUGUUUUUAAAUCAGUGCUCUUACUUCCUGUACAUAAGCCUAAGAUCUGGACCUAAUAAAACACCAAAGCGCAGAAGAGCA